UUCUCUUCUCUAUCAAAACUUUGAAUCUUAAUCACCAGAUUCCUGCCAUGACUCCUCCUACCACAACCAACAAUGUCCUGAACCCAACUGAUGCUCAUCUACUCGCCUCAAUAACCCUUGAAGGAACAAACUUCCUUGCCAAUGGCCAACCAUUUCUCUCCAAUGUCCCUGCAAACAUAGUAGCUACCCCAUCACCACCGCUCAAAUCCAAGACCAGCUUCGGAUGCUUCGUCGGGUUCGACGCUGAGGAGCAGAAAAGCCGGCACGUUGUGCCCAUAGGCAAGCUCAGUGGCAUAAGGUUCAUGAGCAUAUUCAGGUUCAAAGUCUGGUGGACCACCCACUGGGUAGGCAACAGUGGAAAGGAUGUCGAGCACGAAACUCAGAUGAUGAUUCUGGAUAAAAACGACUCCGGCCGCCGUCCCUACGUCCUUCUCCUCCCACUCCUCGAAGGCCCGUUCAGGGCUUCUCUCCAACCGGGAGUUGAUGACAACGUAGACAUGUGCAUGGAGAGUGGUUCCACCAAGGUAACCGGCUCAUCAUUCCGGUGUUGCAUUUACAUGCACGUCGGUGAUGAUCCGUAUAAGCUGGUGGAGGACGCCGUGAAGGUGGUCCGGCUCCACCUUGGAACCUUCAGGCUCCUCGAAGAGAAAACUCCUCCGGGUAUUGUAGACAAAUUCGGUUGGUGCACUUGGGAUGCGUUUUACCUUAAUGUACACCCUAAAGGCGUUUGGGAAGGUGUCAAAACCCUAGCCGAUGGUGGCUGCCCUCCGGGGAUGGUCCUUAUCGACGAUGGGUGGCAGUCCAUUUGCCAUGACGACGACCCCAUCGGCGAUAAAGAAGGCAUCAACCGGACUUGUGCUGGUGAGCAAAUGCCAUGUAGGCUCAUAAAACAUCAAGAGAACUACAAGUUUAGGGAAUAUGAAAGUAGUAAGUCACCUAAUGAUAAGGGCAUGGGUGCCUUUGUAAGGGACCUAAAAGAAGAGUUCAAGAGCAUAGAACAUGUAUAUGUGUGGCAUGCGUUGUGUGGAUAUUGGGGUGGGAUUAGACCCAAUGUCCAAGGAAUGCCUCCCGCAAAGGUCAUUACCCCUAAACUGUCCCAGGGCUUGAAGAUGACUAUGGAGGAUUUAGCGGUGGACAAGAUUGUGAACAACGGAGUGGGAUUAGUCCCACCGGAAAUGGUUGACGAGAUGUACCAAGGACUUCAUUCUCAUCUUCAAUCGGUGGGGAUUGACGGCGUUAAGGUUGACGUGAUCCAUCUGCUCGAGAUGCUGGCGGAGGAGUACAGCGGACGAGUAGAACUGGCCAAAUCGUAUUACAAUGCUCUGACGGCUUCCGUGUGGAAACACUUCAAAGGGAAUGGCGUUAUCGCUAGCAUGGAACACUGCAACGACUUCUUCCUCCUCGGAACGGAGGCCAUUUCACUCGGUCGUGUCGGCGAUGAUUUCUGGUGCACUGACCCCUCGAAAGAUCCGAACGGGACGUAUUGGCUUCAGGGCUGCCACAUGGUUCAUUGCGCCUACAACAGCUUGUGGAUGGGGAAUUUCAUACACCCGGAUUGGGACAUGUUCCAAUCAACUCACCAAUGUGCUGAGUUCCAUGCCGCGUCUCGAGCUAUAUCCGGUGGACCGGUUUAUGUGAGCGACUCCGUCGGACAACACAACUUCCAGUUGCUGAAGAGCCUUGCGUUGCCCGACGGAUCCAUCUUGAGAUGCCAACACUAUGCAACCCCGACGAGAGAUUGUCUUUUCGAAGAUCCUUUGCAUGACGGUAAAACAAUGCUCAAGAUUUGGAAUCUCAACAAGUAUACAGGAGUGUUAGGACUAUUCAACUGUCAAGGUGGAGGAUGGUGCCGUGAAUCCCGACGGAACGAGAGUGCGCCUCAGUUUUCAGCCAUGGUAGGCUGCUUUGCCAGCCCCAAAGACAUCGAGUGGAGCAACAGGAAGAGACCUGUUCCGGCGAGCAGUGCCGGCAUCUUUGCUGUGUACAUGUACCAGAAUAGGAAGCUAACGCUGAUGAAAUCAUCUGAUAAAGUAGAGAUUUCACUCGAACCAUUCAAUUACGAGCUACUUACAGUCUCCCCUGUGACAAUGUUACCGAGAAAAAACAUCCGAUUCGCUCCGAUCGGACUGGUGAACAUGCUGAAUUCAGGGGGUGCAAUUCUGUCAAUGGUGUUGGAGGAUGAUGAGAAUGUGGCGAGGGUUGGAGUUAAAGGAAGUGGAGAAAUGAGGGUGUACGCUUCGGAAAAGCCGAUGGUGUGCAAAAUCGACGGGACACCUGUCGAGUUCGAGUAUAAUGAGCAGAUGAUCACAGCUAACGUUCCAUGGCCAGAUUCUUCAAGCUUAUCAACUGUAGAGUACCUGUUUUAACUUUUCAAGCUGAUCAAAUGUACCAGUAUUCUCUAAUGAAUCUGAGACAAUCAAAUAAAUAAAACGUCGGUCCAACAACCGAAAUUACUCUUA